AUGAGAAUUUCAACAUUAUUAAUUAUUGCUUUGGUUUGUUUAUGUUUCUCGAUGCUCUAUGUGGUAAAUGCAAAUGCCAACGAAGCCGAAAGAGCAAAAGAUGAUUGCAUUGCAUGUCAGCAUGCCUUUGAUACUCUCGAUAAGCAAGUCCCAGCAAGUGCCCGUUCUACUCGUGAUGCCAUGACCUCCUAUCUCCAAAAUUACUGUAACGGUAUUGCCGCCUCUCUUCCAGUAUCUUCGCCAAUUCCACUCCCAACUAGUCCAUGUGGAUUAUUCAAUGCCCACAAAGACCAAGUUAUCAGACAAUUAACCAAGAACGAGAAUUACUCUCAAGCUUGCAGAAACAUUGGUUAUGCCUGUUAA